AUGGAGCACCACGGGCCGCCGGCUACUCCCUUUAACAACUGCGCCUGGUCCUCCUGCAAACGCGGCGUCAACUGGGUGUGGCGCGGAGCCAAGAAAGCCGUCACCACAACCUGGCAAUACACGAAACGGGUCUUCUGCUGGUUGUGGUCAAAGCUGAGAGCCUUUUGGCAGUGGAUUUGCCGCCAAUUCUCGAAGAUCAGUCCCUUCGUGAAGACGGUCCUCUUCUCGCCCGUACCUACCCAGGAAUUGCCCCCUCCGGCCUAUCCUUCUGGCUUCCGGCCAGUCCACUUUGACACUGAGGAGCGGUCGAUGAGCGAAGACGUCAGCUUCAAGGAGGUCAUACAACAGCAGAAUGCCAACCCGGGACUGCCCCCAAUCCCUCCGCCACGCCCAAUGACCCCAGCCCUGAAAGUCACCGAAGCCCCCGAUGACGAAGAUCACGAAGAACAACCCGAACCACGGAAUUUCCGCGCGAAAUCCCCAACCCCACCCCCGGUCCCCCCGAAACCCCACAGCCCCGUACCUCGCCGAGACGCUGAAGAAUCUGCAGAUGAACAGACCGGCUCGUACAUCCAAAAAUCGAACAUCGACCUCUCGAGCUACACGACAAAGAUUGGGGGCGUUGGGCCGUCGAUGAGGAGCCGACAUGAAGAGACGAACGAAGAAUUGACGAGGAUGACACGGGAAGGUUCUGUUGGACCGGCUAUCGAGGGCGGUUUCUACGCCCAGAAGACGUACUUUGACCCGACGACGCUGGGUAGGGAGGGGUCUCCAGCUCCUCCUCCACCUCCUCCGCCUCCCCCACCACCUGGGUAUAAGCCCGCCAAACUGCCGACGGCGGGGAGGAAGACACCAGUGAAUGAGGGCCGAAAGACGCCGACGUCACCGGGAGGGGCAGUCAAGGGGGCGGUGCCAAUGCUGCCCGUGUCGGUUCUCGAGCAAAUGUCGAAUAACGUCGAUCAAUUUGGGGAAAGGACGGAAAGGGGGAGAUCAGCUACCGUGUCGGAACGAGUUCGUGAAGCUAACUCGAGGACACCGGUACAAGGUGAGGGGCGGAAGACCCCGAUUCCGGACGGGCGAAAGACACCAAAUUUUGAUGGACGAAAAACUCCCAUCCACACAACCACCAAGACUACGGAGAAUUACUUCAAACGCGAAUCUUCCGUCCCACCCCAAGGCUGGCGCCCCGUAUCGGCAUUUGAACCGGAAGUCCGGCUGGACAAUCGCUACCAAAACCGCGCCAAAUCCGUCGGUGCCCAAGUCGUCAGCCGCAUCGAAGAUUCCCCCAACGAUGAACCACAAUACAUCUUCCGCGCGAGACCCACGCAACCAUAUGACAACAUCGACCCCAGCGCCUAUCUGAUGGGUGGAAGUGUCUAUAGACCAGUGCCGGAAGCCGAGUGGAUGAGGGACCGUAUAAACCAGAGAUCACUGUCCGUGUCCAGACCGGUAACACCCGCCUCAACGGCUCCAUUUGAGGGGAAUUAUGUGAAUUAUACGAAUGGGUAUACGGGCGAUGAUAGCCUGAGAUUCCGGAAUGGGGUGUAUGCCAGGGAGAACACGACGUUUAGCGACUAUCAACAAGGACCGAAUGUGAACAACCGCAUCCGCGCGUGGCCCCCACCCUCCAACGUGACCCCGAUGGACAUUCAGAAGGACUACUGGCUAAAUCAGGACAACACCACCACCCACUACGACCAUAAUGGCGAUCUCGUAACCACCCGUGUCAAAAGAGUCGCCGAAAAGACGAUCGAAGACAAUUGGAAUUGGCGGGACGAGAAUGGGAGGUUGAUCGACUCAAAAUCCGAGCGAUCGUGGCGCGGCGAUAUGGACGAGCUGAAAACUGAUGGCCCCGGCGCGGGCAGUCAUUUUACCAGGACCGUCGAGAUGCUGCCCAACAAAGAUAUCCGCUUCCAAGACACCAACCGGCAAUACAACAAUAAUUUUAUGGUCGAGAGCAUCGUCCGCAACUAC